AUGACGUGCCCGCGCGCAGAGAUGCGCGCGCUCGCGUGCUCCACCGCGGCCCGAUACGGCGCGCCGCCCGCCUCGCGCGGGGGCGGCGCGUCGACGUCGAGCGCGGGGCAUCGUCCGCGAUGCCGCGCGUCGACGUCGACGUCGACGUCGACGCGCGCGGCGGCGUCGCCGUCGCCGUCGCCGUCGCUCUCGUCGUCGGACGCCCCGCCGUCGCGCUUUCUGACCUUUCGCGUGGCGAAGACGCUGCGCGUGCCCGUCUUCGAGCCGCGCGACAUCGCGUCCGCGCGAGGGAACUCGCCGAAGUCGUUGGAGCGAUGGACGCGGACGCCGCGGAACGUCAUGGGCGUCGUCUUCACCGCGGACGACAUCGCGGAGCUGCGAGAGGGGACGUGGCGCGUCCAAGUCACGCGGAUGCCGCUGCUGCAGUGGGAGCUCUCGCCGGAGUUCGAUCUCCGAGUCUUGCCCCCGGAGGCGUCGACGAUCCCGGGCGGCGUGCGAAUGCAGAGCGACGCGCUGCGGUUCGCGGACGCGAACAGCGCGGAGAGGCUGCCCCCGGGGUUUAAGGACAUGGAUUUGUGGGAGAGGAUAGACGCGACGUUGUACGUCGACAGAGACGGCGGCGGCGGCGGCGGCGGCGACGCCGCGGCGGUGUGCGCUGACUUGGACGUCCAGAUCGCGGCGGACAUCCCGAGCUUCCUGAGGCUGAUCCCGUACUUUGAAAAGAUCGGCGAGAGCGCGAUCGGGACGAGCAUAGACAUCGUCGGCGCGGGCGCGAGGACGCGCGUGCAAGACGCGUACGUUCGGUGGACGACGACGACGACGUGA